CUUUCUAUAGGACUUGUUUAUGAAGUCAACGUUAGAUUCUAUUUUCAAAGUUGCAUUUGGAGUUGAUCUAGACAGUAUGUGUGGCUCAAAUGAAGAAGGGAAGAAAUUUGGCCAGGCUUUUGAUGAUGCUAGUGCUUCAACCAUGUUACGAUAUGUAGACAUCUUUUGGCCUAUCAAGAAAUUUCUCAACAUUGGCGCAGAGGCUAAACUUAAGAGAAGUGUCAAAACUGUUGAUGAUUUUGUUUACAAAUUAAUCAGUAACAAAGUGGAACUAAUGAAAAGUUCACAAAGCAAUGUCUCAGAAAUGCAGAUGAAAAAGGAUGAUAUCUUGUCAAGGUUCCUGGAGCAGAGCGACACUGAUUUGAAGUAUCUGAGAGAUAUAAUCUUGAGCUUUGUAAUUGCGGGUAAAGACACAACAACAGUUACACUUUCAUGGUUUGUUUACAUGCUUUGUAAACACCAGAAUAUACAGGAAAAGGUUGCUGAAGAAGUAAGGAAAAUUACGAAAAUGGAAGGAGUUGGAAAAUUUUCAGAACUUGCUGCUAGUUUGACAGAAGAAUCACUUGAAAGAAUGCAGUAUUUACAUGCUGCAUUGACAGAAACUCUCAGACUCUAUCCAGCAGUUCCAGUCAGAAAAUUUCAUUGCUCUCAUAAUCUCAUUGUUUGUUCUCUUCCUUUUUAUUUUUCUCUUUUGUGUUACACGUUACUUGCUGAAGUUUAUGUCAAUUUCAGAGGCACAUUCCAACUUAUCAUAUAUCAACCAAGCUAAUUUCUACCUUUCUCUCAA